AUCAUUCAUUUACAAAUUACAGGGAAGAGAACCAUUUCAGCCUCCCAAUCCCCCAACCCAACAAAACAAAAGCUUCAUUCAACCAUUUCCAUGGCUGCCACGCCACUCUUUCUUAUACUCCUCCUCUUCAGUUUCCCACCCGGUUCCCAUUCCCAAACCCAAAACGCCACCGCAUCACCACGACCACAGCUCACAGAAGCUACAAUCGACACCAUCCAACUGGCCUUCAAGCACAACACCCUCACUUCCAAGCAACUGGUUCAAUUCUACAUCGACCGGAUCCACGAGCACAACGACCUCCUCCGAGCCGUCAUAGAGGUGAACCCCAACGCUCUCUCUCUGGCCGAGAUGGCAGACAGAGAGCGUCGGGCCAGGGUCCCCGGCUCAGGAGCCGGGCUACAUGGCAUCCCUGUCCUGCUCAAGGACAACAUCGCAACUAAAGACAAGCUCAACACAACAGCCGGCUCAUUCGCACUCCUUGGCUCGGUCGUCCCACGAGACGCCGGCGUGGCCAGGAAGUUGAGGGCUGCUGGCGCCAUCAUAUUGGGGAAGGCUAGUCUGAGUGAAUGGUCCAAUUUCAGAUCCAGCUCUGCCCCUAACGGGUUCUGUGGCAGAACCGGCAUUGGAAAGAAUCCUUAUGUUCUUUCAGCUGAUCCAUGUGGAUCAAGCAGCGGGCCAGGGAUAUCAGUGGCAGCUAACUUGGUAACCGUGGCAAUAGGUUCAGAAACUGAUGGCUCCAUCUUGUGUCCUUCAAGUGCUAACUCAGUGGUUGGAAUCAAGCCAACAGUUGGUCUCACGAGCAGGGCAGGUGUCAUACCAAUCUCCCCUAGGCAGGACUCAAUUGGGCCAAUGUGUAGGACAGUAGCAGAUGCGGUCUACGUUCUCGACGCGAUUGCAGGGUUCGAUUCCAACGACGACCUUGCAACGAGAGCCGCCGCGAGGUACAUCCCUCGCGGCGGCUACAAGCAGUUUCUCAAGCCGGACGGCCUGAGAGGGAAGCGACUAGGAGUGGUCAGGAAUCCAUUCUUCCAGUUUGGUGGUGAUGAGGCUGUGGCAGCUGUAUUUCAGAACCAUCUCAAGACUCUAAGAAAGGAAGGUGCGGUUCUUGUAGACCCUGUGGAGAUAAGCAACAUCACAGAGAUAUUGAGCUCCUCUUAUGAAAUGGAUGCACUACUGGCGGAGUUCAAACCAGCCUUGAACUCGUACCUAAAACACUUGGUGUCAUCCAAGGUUCGAACCCUAGCAGAUGUCAUUGCCUUCAACAACAAGUUCCCCAAACUAGAGAAGACCAAAGAAUAUGGGCAAGACAUCCUGGAGACGUCGCAAAGGUUGAACGAGACGAAUCGGAAGGCGGUGAGAGAAGCAUUGUCCAAACUGAAGCAAUUUUCUGAGAAUGGGAUUGAGAAGGUGAUGAAGGAGCAGAAACUGGACGCCUUGGUGGCGGGCAGUUCGAGUUUCAGCGUGGUUCUGGCCAUUGGAGGGUAUCCAGGGAUGAGUGUCCCAGCUGGUUAUGACAGGGGAGGAGUGCCCUUCGGGAUUUUCUUUGGUGGGCUCAUGGGCUCGGAGCCCAAACUUAUUGAAAUCGGGUAUGGGUUCGAGCAAGCUACAAAGGUUAGGAAGCCACCUUCUUUCAAACCUUGAGCACAGAGGCGUUUCCCAUAACUUGGCCCAGGCCCAACUCUCUUUAUUACCUCUUGACAUUUAGUUGCAAUGAUCGGAAAUUUUAUUCCAUGAAUGAUACAAAUUAUUUUUUUACUCGAAUAGAAGAGCUCUUAUUAGUUGACUAAAUAAAAGAAGACCGUAAUACUUAAUACUAUCCACUCAAACCAAGCUCCAUUGACCUUUCCAUUUUAUAUAGCUUUUAUUUUCGUUUUGUAAUAUACAAUGACUUCAACUUUCCAAGAGUCCUUUAUCAUUAGAGAUAUUAAUUUCGAAUCGACUCUUUUUAUUCGACAUGUUUGACUUCUUAA